GUUUCCGCGCAGCGCAAACCAAGCAGAAGCCCAACCGACCGGAGCUCGCGGCGCUGCAAGGGCGCUCGGCGACUGCGGCUGCACAGGUGGCAGAUCUGUCUGCAAGGCUCUACACUCUGGGCCGCGACAUGUGCGAUGCGGAGACGGACUCCAGCGAGCAGGUUUUGCAGGCAGAGGCCGAUCUCUUUGAGCUGUGUCGGCAAACCGAGGAUGCCGGGGUGGAGCAGAGGCAAGCCACCGAGUCGGCUGCACAGCUUCGAAAG